UCGUGAAAGUUUGCUGUAUUUGAGUAGACAUUUGCUGUACGUUUCAUACGUAAUGGAGGACAAGAAUAAUUCUGAGAAAACCGCUGCAGUGGAAAAUGCUACGGCUAGUCCAUCGCCAGCGAAAAAGUCUGUAAAAUCGAAAACUAAAUCGCAGCGUUCGAAGUCGUCCCAUCCACCAACUUCGGAGAUGGUGAAUGCUGCUAUUAAAGGGCUUAAAGAUCGCAAGGGAUCGUCACUUCAAGCCAUCAAGAAGUACAUAGCAUCGACCUAUAAAGUCGAUGGCGAAAAAAUGGCACCGUUUAUCAAGAAAUACUUGAAAGCUGCCAUAACCUCUGGUGUAGUGGUACAGACUAAGGGGAAAGGCGCCUCUGGGUCGUUCAAACUCUCAACUUCCAAAGGUUCCGAACCAAAGAGUAAACCCAAACGCUCUGUGAAGAAGACCGAAUCUGUUGCAGCUGAAAAGAAACCUGCUGAGAAAAAACCAGCGAGUCCCAAGAAACCGGCUGCUCCGAAGAAAGCAGCUGCAGUAAAGAAGCCACCAGCACCGGCCAAGAAACCUUCCCCGAAGAAGGCUAAAACUGCUGCUGCGAAGAAAGCAGAAUCUGCGAAGCAAAAGGCAGCACCAGCUAAAACUUUGUCGAAAACAAAGAAAGUCACAAAAGCACCAGCAGCUAAGACGAAAACACCAAAACCUAAAACAGCGAAAUCGUCGAAAGCUGCGAGAGCAGCGGCGAAGAAAUAAUUCAUUGCAGAAUACCAUUGGCCCUUUUCAGGGCCACAAAUACUAUUUUACAAAGAAACAAUCUCGAUUUGCAACUUUACAGAAUUAACCAUACAUCCUGAAAUUCCUUUUCCUUUCAAAUGAAAUUUUAACAUAGAACACAGAUUACACAUAAUAUGCAUCCCUUUCACAAUCUCAUAGUAACCUAAACGAAAUAGAAUAUCAAUAAUUAGCAGGUAUAUAAUUAUGAAGAUUGGUAAUAACGUGAAAAAGUCGACAUGGCGCGUGAUAGUAGAGCCCUCUUCCAAGUAAAAUUAGUAAAUCCCCAUCAUCAAUACAGAAACUCAAGACCCAAUUAGAAAGUCCAUCAUCUGAAUUAUAAGACACUGAAAUUGUAACUUUCAAUUAGAAAAGCGAAAAUGAAAAAUAUCAUACAUGUUAUAAUAAAAA